GAAGGCGGCGGCCGCAGCAGCCGCGCCGAUUUACCUCGCGUGGGCGGGGAAGGGGCGGGCGAAGCGCGGCCCCGCCCCCGCGGGAGCUCCCCCUGCGCUCCCCGCCCGGCGUUGCCGGUACCGGCGAGCGAGGCGCGGGCCAUGGCGGUGAUCUUGUGAAUUUGUGUACCAUCAAUGAUGGCAGAACAUCCACCGUUACUGGAUACCACUUCAAUUAUAAGUAGUGAAAUCCCUCUUCUAACUUCCCCUAUUGUUAGUGGGGAUGGAUCACAACAGGUUAUUCUUGUGCACGUUAAUCCAGGGGAAGCGUUUACGAUAAGAAGAGAAGAUGGACAGUUUCAGUGCAUUACAGGUCCUGCUCAGGUUCCAAUGAUGUCCCCAAAUGGUUCAGUGCCUACUAUUUAUGUGCCUCCUGGAUAUGCCCCACAGGUUAUUGAGGAUAACGGUGUUCGAAGGGUUAUGGUGGUUCCCCAGGCUCCAGAAUUCCAUCCUGGUGGUCAUGCAGUGAUACACAGGCCUCCACAUCCCCCACUGCCUGGCUUCCUUCCUCUUCCAGCCAUAAUACCCCCUCCACCGCGUCAUAUAUACUCACCUGUGAGCGGAGCCAGUGACAUACCAACACAGUACAUUCCACAGUAUCACACCUCACAAAUGUAUGGGGAUCUGGAUACUCUGCCUGCUCAUGGAAGAUCCAACUUCAGAGAUGAAAGGUCUAGUAAAACAUACGAAAGGUUGCAAAAAAAAUUAAAAGAUCGUCAUGGAACUCAGAAGGAUAAGUUGAACAGUCCUCCAUCAUCUCCUCAGAAAUGUCCUUCUCCUACAAGUGAACACAAUGGACUUACAAAAGGACAGGAUGCGGGUGGUAUAAGCACAGGUUCUACCAAAAGCAAGUCUCUGGGUAAAGGAAAAAGCAAUUCUCAGACAGACGCAGAAGUAGAAGAAAAGGAUGAAGAAACAAAAGCACUUGAAGUACUUCUUUCUAAAAUAGCCAAGCCAGUGGUAUCAGAUAUUCAGGCAAGAACAGCACUGCUUACCUGGUCCCCUCCAUCCAGUGAUACCGGAGAAGAUGCUGACAAGAAUGACGUUCCAGAUGUUUAUAUUUAUGAAGUAAUGAUUUCAAAUACUGGAAAAGAUGGAAAGUACAAAACUGUAUACAUCGGAGAAGAAAACAAAGUUACUGUAAAUGAUCUCAGACCAGCAACUGAUUACCAUGCAAAAGUCCAAGUCGAAUGCAACUGUGUAAAGGGGAGCCCUUCAGAAGCAGAGAGUUUUACCACAACAAGUUGUGAACCUGAUGCUCCAAAUCUGCCCAGGAUAACUAAUCGGACCAAAAAUUCUCUUACUUUGCAGUGGAAGGCAUCUUGUGAUAAUGGUUCUAAAAUCCACAGUUACCUUUUGGAAUGGGAUGAAGGAAAAGGAAAUGGAGAGUUCUGCCAAUGUUAUUAUGGCCAACAGAAGCAGUAUAGGAUUACUAAACUAUCACCAGCAAUGGGAUACACCUUUAGGCUAGCAGCCAAAAAUGACAUGGGAAUGAGUGGUUUUAGUGAAGAAGUCCUGUAUCAUACCUCAGGCACUGCCCCAACCACACCAGCAAGUCCUUUGCUGAUUAAUGCUGGAGUUACUUGGUUAUCCCUACAGUGGACAAAACCCUCAGGAACACCAUCAGAUGAAGGAAUCUCAUAUAUAUUAGAGAUGGAGGACGAGAACUCAGGAUAUGGUUUCAAGCCAAAAUAUGAUGGUGAUGAUCUUACCUACACGGUGAAGAAUUUGAGGCGCAGUACAAAAUAUAAAUUUAGGGUCAUUGCCUAUAACUCAGAAGGCAAAAGCAGUCCAAGUGAGACAGUAGAAUACAUUACUUGUCCAGACAAGCCUGGAGCGCCUUCAAAACCCACAGUGAAAGGAAAAAUUCAUGCACAGAGUUUUAAAAUAACCUGGGAUCCGCCAAAAGACAAUGGAGGAGCAGCAAUAAAUACAUACGUUGUGGAAAUGUCUGAAGGCUUAAAUGGAAACAAAUGGGACAUGAUAUACAGUGGAGCUGCUAGAGAACAUGUGUGUGACCGACUAAAUCCCGGUUGUUCCUAUCGCUUACGCGUAUAUUGCGUUGGGGAAGGAGGACAAAGCACGGCAUCUGAUUCUUUAACGGUGCAGACACCAGCAGUGGUUCCUGGACCAUGCCAACCUCCAAGGCUACAGGGUAGACCAAGAGCAAGAGAAGUUCAGCUGCGCUGGGGACCACCUCAGGCAGAUGGGGGUUCACCUAUUACAUGUUACGGUCUGGAAAUGUUUCAGACAGAAACGGAUGAACACAGAGAGGUUUACCAAGGCUCUGAUGUUGAAUGCACAGUAGGCAGUCUUCUUCCAGGGAGGAUAUACAACUUCAGACUGCGAGCAGCUAACAAGACUGGGUUUGGACCUUAUUCAGAAAAAUGUGAAGUAACUACAGCACCCGGACCACCAGAUCAGUGCAAGCCCCCGCAAGUGGCAUGCAGAUCUGCUGCAUGUGCUCAGGUGUCCUGGGAGGUUCCAGUGAGUAACGGAGCUGACAUCACGGAGUACCGACUGGAGUGGGGUGGCGUGGAAGGAUGCAUGCAGAUCUACUAUUGUGGGCCUGGGCUCAGCUGUGAAAUGAAAGGACUUUUGCCUGCCACUAUAUACUAUUGCAGGGUUCAGGCAGUGAAUGGGGCAGGUGCAGGCCCUUUCAGUGAAGUAGUGGCAUGUAUGACUCCAGCCUCUGUACCUGCAGUUGUGACUUCUCUUCGGGGACUAAGUGAAGAUGAAGUUGAAAGUCCACACUAUUCUCCUUCCACAUGCCUUGCUAUAAGCUGGGAAAAGCCUUGCGACCAUGGAUCUGAAAUCCUUGGCUACAGCAUAGACUUUGGAGAUAAGCAGCCAAUAACUGUUGGGAAGGUUCUGACCUAUUUUAUAGAUGGCUUACAGCCAGAUACUACCUACAGAGUACGAAUUCAAGCCCUUAACAGUCUUGGAGCAGGUCCUUUCAGCCACACUAUAAAACUGAAAACAAAGCCUCUCCCCCCGGAUCCACCUCGCCUGGAAUGUGCUGCAUACAGUUCUCAGACUCUCAAGCUGAAGUGGGGAGAGGGAACUGCAAAAGCAUUAACUGACUCCAUUCAGUACCACCUUCAAAUGGAGGAUAAGAAUGGAAGGUUUGUAUCCUUAUACAGAGGACCAUGUCAUACGUACAAAGUACAAAGACUCAGUGAGUCAACAUCAUAUAAAUUUUGUAUUCAGGCAUGUAAUGAAGCUGGUGAAGGUCCUCUUUCUCAAGAAUACAUUUUCACUACUCCCAAAUCUAUUCCAGCUGCCUUGAAAGCACCCAGGAUAGAGAGAAUAAACGACCACACUUGUGAGAUCACGUGGGAGGCUUUGCAGCCCAUGAAGGGCGACCCAGUUAUCUAUUGUCUUCAGGUCAUGGUGGGAAAAGACUCAGAAUUCAAACAGAUCUACAAGGGUCCGGACUGGUCAUUCCGAUACACAGGCCUCCAGCAGAACUGUGAAUACCGCUUCCGCGCAUGUGCCAUCCGACAGUGCCAAGAGACAGCAGGUCAUCAGGACCUGGUAGGCCCCUACAGCACACCAGUGCUUUUCAUCUCUCAGAGGACUGAACCGCCAGCAAGCACCAACAAGGACACUAUGCAGACCACAAGGACGCAAUGGUCACAGAGCGACCAAGUGUGUGCUGCUGUCAUUCUUGCACUUUUUGCUAUCUUUUCCAUUCUGAUUGCUGUUAUCAUUCAGUACUUUGUAAUAAAGUGAAGAAAAGAGUUUUAUUUUAAAAAGCUGCCCAUUACAUUUUACUUUCUCAUAAUCUAAAAGUAAUUCUGUUCUCUUGCUUUUACAAAACUAGGCAUUUAGCACCGGCAUUGGGACUGAUGCAAACCUUUUCAGCUACUUUAAAAUGCUUACUGGUAGGUAUAGGCUGACACAUGUUACUAGACCACAAGCCACAGAAAUACAAUCUUUUCUUUAAUAUGCCUUCUUGCAGUACAAACUCUGCGUGGGGCAGGCAAGCAGUGUUUAAUGCAAAGGGUUUGACCAGUAAACAUGAGUGUAAAAAUGGUUUCCUAGCCUGCACUUUUCAAGGGUUGCUCCUGUAACAGGGAAGAAUGUGUAGAUCGCAUUUAAAACUUACACUAACAAACUUGUGCUGUAUACAAUAUUAAUCUGAUGCUGUGAAAGCAAUUUAGCGCUGUAUUUCUACCUCCUCAUUUGUCUUAAUUAUUUGGAAAGCAGGAUUUGUGCUGAAAAACAGAAGGGGCUUUUCUCAGGCAGCAAAUUAUAAACUGGAUGGAAGAGUAUGCAUGAAGGAAGCUUCUUAUCUGAUAAAUGUGGAGUUCUUCACUGCAAGUAGAUGUUUUGGAAAGACUACAAGGGGAAGGCACAAGUGGUUUAUCUUACCCCCAGGAUUUGAUGUUUACUUACAAAAAUGCCUCUUUUACGUCUUACGAAUAUGGAAGGGAGAGUGGGAGAGAACUUCUUAGACUUACUAUUUAAAUUGAAAAACACAUUUCUGAAGUUGACCUUUGAUCAGAUGCAGUUUAUACAGAUGUCUGUGCCCUCUGAUUUUGGCAAGUUAAUAGAUUUUUGAGAUAAAAUUCAUCCUUGAAUUUUUGCUGUUUCCGCAACAUUCACUUGCCAUAUCCACCAGAAUCCAACUCUGCCUUUUUUUCAUUCUUUCUUUUCUUCCUUCCUUUCUUUGGGGCACCAAAUCAGAAGACGAAGUGUAGUAAUUUGCACCAGAAAACUUAAAGCUGCUUUUUUCUUGAGAUCCUAAUGUUUAAUGUAAUGUCUUUUUGGAUACUGUACCAAAUUGUUGGUUGCAUGUAGUUAAUGUUGCAUUAGAGCACUUUGCAAUUGCAUAACUCAUCAAUGUUUCGUGAGCUUGCAUUUGUGAGUUCUUGAAUGACCAGACUGAAUUUUAUCAAGUAUCCCAUUGAACAUCUCGCUGGAUGUCAAUGAUUGCCAGUGACACAGAGCUUGUAGUGAAACUAUCUUUAAAAAAAAACAAAACAAAAAAAAAGAAA